AUGAGAGAGGAGACGAGAGAGGAGACGAGAGAGAGGAGACGAGAGGGGGAGGAGACGAGAGAGCGGAGACGAAAGAGGGAGGAGACGAGAGAGAGGAGACGAGAGAGCGUAGACGAGAGAGAGGAGACGAGAGAGCGGAGACGAGAGAGGGAGGAUACGAGAGAGCGGAGGAGACGAGAGAGCGGAGGAGACGAGAGAGCGGAGACGAGAGAGAGGAGACGAGAGAGCGGAGACGAACGAGAGAGAGGAGACGAGAGGGGGAGGAGACGAGAGAGAGGAGACGAGAGAGCGGAGACGAGAGAGCGGAGACGAGAGAGCGGAGACGAGAGGGAGGAUACGAGAGAGCGGAGGAGACGAGAGAGCGGAGGAGAUGAGAGAGCGGAGGAGACGAGAGAGCGGAGACGAGAGAGCGGAGACGAGAGAGCGGAGACGAGUGAGAGGAGACAAGAGAGCGAAGGAGACGAGAGAGCGGAGACGAGAGAGAGGAAACGAGAGAGCGGAGGAGACGAGAGAGCGGAGACGAGAGAGGAGACGGGAGAAAGGAGACGAGAGAGCGGAGACAAGAGAGAGAGGAGACGAAAGAGAGGAGAAGAGAGAGCGGAGACGAGAGAGAGGAGACGAGAGAGAGGAAACGAGAGAGCGGAGACGAGAAAGAGGAGACGAGAGAGCGGAGGCGAGAGAGAGGAGACGAGAGAAAGGAGACGAGAGAGCGGAGACGAGAGAGCAGAGACGAGAGAAAGGAGACCAGAGAGAGAGGAGACCAGAAAGAGAGGAGACGAGAGAAAGAGACGAGAGAGCGGAGACCAGAGAGAGGAGACGAGAGAGAGGAGACGAGAGAGAGGAAACGAGAGAGUGGAGACGAGAGAGAGGAGACGAGAGAGAGAAGAGAUGAGAUGA